AUGUCGUUGCAUGAGCGCCAGGCGGCGCGGUCCACUCACGGUAUGCGUGCCGGUUUCAUCGGGUUAGACUACGCUAAUGCGCUUUCGGUGGUUAUUGCGCUCAAAUUCAUACACCGAACCGAAAUUCACGAUGAACUCUGGGCGAAAUACCUGCCGUCGGACGGGCUUGAACACCUGCACUCACACGAGAUAGAUGGAAUCGAGAAUGUCGGUCGCUUUGUAGCGAACCUUUAUAAGCGAGCAUAUGCCGCACACGGUAAGGAGAUUUACACAAAAGUACCCGUACCCAGGUGGGUUAACGGGAAAAGAACUUCUUCGAAGACCUUUAUCAGUCUCACUCCACCGAUUUUUGCGUCCAAACUGAAGUCCAUCGACCCAGUUAAUAACAGGAAGCGUCAUAUGUUCCCGGUAAUUUUGCAUGCGUCCGAUCUCGAGAAUGGUUAUACCAAGGUCAAAAAACUCGAGUAUGCCUCCGUGGGUGCACCGUGGCUUGUGCCGAUGGUAUAUAAUGCAAAGGUAUGGCAACAGAGCGAAAAGUACCUGGAAUCUCUGCCAUUGUUUCUAUCUACCGAUAAGGACAUACUUAAAGCCUCUUGUCACACGCAUUGUGGUUUCCCAUUUGAAAGAAUUAUGAAAAAGGUCCAAAAUAUAUGUACUAAUUCAACUUUCUACCUUAUGCGUACUAGAUAUUUCCUUUCGAUGUGA